GUUGUUAGGGAGACUGCUGCCCGUGGCCGAUACCAGUCUGUUCGCGUUCACGUUCAGUCGGUGCGUGCUAGCGGCUCGUGUCGCGUGUUUUCAGUUCAUUUCUUUCUUCGUCGUCAUCCUCGACACACGAUUCGCCGUUUCGUUCAAUUUUACGCGAGUUUCGUCUACGGUUCACUCUGUACAAUCUUCGAAUUCCCCGUUGAAAUAUUACGGUGUGACGUCGAAAAGUGUCAGAGAAGACUCUGUGGUUCCGAACAAUCGAUAUCGAUCUUUGGAACACCGAUCGCGAAUCGAGAGGCCGGGAUGAGAGCAGAAGGAGCGACGAGGUGACCAAAAAUCUACCCCUAUCGUGCCCAAUCAACCGAUAAAUCGACGAAAUUUCAAAGAAAGAAAAGAAUCCUUCCAACUCUCCUGCAAUGCCCAUUUCUUAACCGCGUGAAAAUCGACUUGGCCCCGCAACCAGCGCAACACAGCGUAAUCGUGGCUCGCGCGAGGGAGAAUCGUUGCCAGCCGAGGAAAGGUAACGACACCGUGGUGGAUAGGACGCGGUGCACGUCGAAUCGGGGAUCGUCUCGCUUCUUAAUGGGCGUACCGCGGUUGGAUCCCGGUUGGAUUUAGCCGGCUCGUUUCUCCAAGGGCGAGAAGGAGAGAGGAAGAAACAGGAUCCAUCCGCUUGGUGGAGGAGGAGGAGGAGGGAAAAGAGCGGGGGAGAGGUCGUCGAGAUCCGUCGAGAGGAUCCUCUAUGGGCGCUCGAGGGGUUGUUCAGGAGUGGCGAAUCACCUGAAUGGUGCCUGCGCGAUAAUCCUCCUCUCUCCUCGUCUCGUGGCUCGAAGAGAUCGACGAAAAUGAUCGACUGACCGCCCUGGCUUGCGAUCGGGAUCCGUCUCUCCUCUUCUGUCUUCCUCCCUUUUCCAAAAGAAAAGAAAAGAAAAGAAAAGCGUUCUUUUUACCCGCGUUCAGAGCAAGGGACAGGCGAGUAAUAAUAAUAUAAGAGAGGCGAAACGAGUAAACGCGUGGCCGUGGAAGGGGAGCGCGCAGACAUGUCGCGGGUCUCGAGUCGCGCCUCCAUCGUCGCUGCUGUGAUCAGCAUCGUGCUGUUGAUCGUCGUGCUCCUGGUUAUGGUAUUAUGGACCGGUGCGCGCACAAAGAAGGAGGAGGAGGUGGUCGAGAAGAAGAGCGUGGAUGGAUUGGUUGUCGAGGUUUUGGAGAGUUUGUCGGGGGUGCGAGUUGAGAACGCGUCGUCCACCACCGUCAGAGGAGUGCGUAUGUUGGAGGAGGAGGGGGAGAGCUUCAGUAACGAAGUGAUUUCACACUCGGAGAGAUCAUCGAGGAGGAAGAGUGAUUCUAAGAAGACGAAAUCGUUUUCUCAGAAACCUGACUUGGAGUACGUCCAAUUGAUGAAACUUGCCGAGAAUCAAUACGAGGAUCCACCGAACGAAUUCUCGGCGAAACGACGCCACAGCGGGCACUUUCGACCGGCGACAGCCGAAGUUUGGGAUUCUCGUCCUCAGUACGAGUUCACCGCUUUCGGGAGACGGUUCCGUUUGCUGUUGGCACACGACACGAGCUUCGUCUCGCCCAAUAUUAAGAUCACACGCAUCACCGAGAAUACCAGCAGAAGGGAAAAUCCAGGCCCUGAACUUGGUUGCUUCUACAGUGGAACCGUGGACGGUGAUCCACAAUCCGCUGUCACCGUCAAUCUUUGCCACGGAAUGACGGGACACGUGAGAACGUCGACGGGAAGCUACAUAAUUAAACCGGCCAAGCCCUGGCGGGAGAGCGACAAGGAGGAUUCUCUAGAAUUUUCGUUGGAGCACGCCGUCCAAAGGAUAAAACCCUACACCGUGCUGGAUGCCACGAACGACGCCGAUGAUCGGGUUGGAGCGCAUAAUUGCGGCGUGAUCGAUGACAACACACCAACUCCAAUUGUGGAGAACUCGUCCAAGGGUAAAAUUUACUUCGAUGGCCGACGCCGCAAGCGCAGGUCUUUAACCGAGAAAAAGGAGCUGGAGGAGGACGAGAUGUACAAGCAGUUCGUGGGACAAGCCGAGGGGCAUCGAAAUUUUUUACGAAACGAUGCCAGAUACUACUCCGUGGAGAGAAGACGAAAUGAUCUGAGCGAGGAGUAUGGCCAGGACUCGGAAAUGGAAUCGGAUCCCUCCGUGACUUGGAGACCACGUAGAGCCUUGUCGAGUGAAUAUUUCAUCGAGAUCAUGGUGGCCGCGGACGCGGAGAUGGUGAGGUACCACGGCAAAGGUUUGCUCAGCUACAUUUUGGGCCUGAUGAGCACGGUGUCACGAAUCUACAAGGAUCCGUCCAUCGGUAAUCCAAUAAGCAUAUCGGUGAUGAGCAUCGUUCCAAUUGAUAAAAUAUUCGGGGUUAGACGUACCAAGGGUGAGGGGAUCGCAGCGGCAGACAUGUUGAAUAAGUUUUGCCGAUGGCAACAGAGCAACAAUCCGAAUGAAUAUUCGCCAGGACAUUACGAUACUGCUCUUCUUUUGACCAGGGAAAAUCUUUGUCACAAUUCUGACCAGAGGAAUUGCGACACUUUGGGAUUGGCCGAGUUGGGACGAAUGUGUUCACCAAGAUCCUCGUGCGCUAUAGUUCAGGAUAAUGGUCUGGCUGCCGCAUUUACAAUAGCUCAUGAGAUUGGUCACGUAUUGGACAUGCCCCACGACGAUGACGUGAAAUGUGCAGCCUAUAAGAAUCGUUCCGGAAUGCACAACAUAAUGUCGAGGAUGCUGGACGAUAACACCUUUCCAUGGGAAUGGUCGAAAUGUUCCCGACACUACGUCACCGAGUUUCUCGAGGCCGGAAAGGGGGACUGUUUGCUGGACACGCCGGAUAAGAUAAUGGAACGAACGGACCCGAGAAGGCUACCCGGGGAAGAUUAUUCCGUGAACAAGCAGUGCGAGUUGGUAUUCGGUAACGGGUCCAGAAUCUGCAAUCACAUGGUGGGUGAUGUGUGCAGAAGACUGUGGUGCACCACACCGAACGAAGACCAUUACGAUCACUGUCGUACCCAGCAUAUGCCGUGGGCUGAUGGCACUUCCUGUGGCCGAGACAAAUGGUGUUAUCGAGGCGAGUGCGUCUCACGUAGUCUCAAUCUCCAGCCGGUUGACGGCCAAUGGGGCGAAUGGGGACGAUAUGGAAAAUGUUCGAGAACCUGCGGCGGUGGAAUCAAGAAGAAAUACCGCGAAUGCGACAAUCCACUUCCGCAGAACGGUGGUCGUUACUGUAUUGGUGAACAGGUGAAAUAUAGAAGCUGUGGUACGAGGGAGUGCCCACCGGGAACUCCUGAUUUCAGGGAUCAGCAGUGUUCAUAUUUCAAUAACAACAAUUUGAACAUAAAGAAUCUGUCGAGGGACGUUAAAUGGCACGCCAAGAUAUUGCCGCAUGAACGUUGUAAAUUGUACUGCGAAACGGACAGCAAUCAGUGUUAUCCGCUGGCGGAAAAGGUGAUCGAUGGAACACCAUGCGACCAGGAUACCUUUCACAUAUGCGUGAAUGGCUUCUGUAAGCCAGCGGGUUGCGAUCACGUUUUAAACUCGACGGCGGAACUCGAUAUAUGCGGUGUUUGCAAGGGUGACAAUUCCACCUGUCAAUGGAUCACAGGUUCUUAUAACUCCACCCAAUAUGGUUACACAAGAAUCGCCAAGAUCCCAGCGGGUAGCAAUAACAUCGACAUCAGACAACCCGGUUGGAAAGAUAUGAUAGAUGAUGGCAAUUAUCUCGCCUUACGACUUGGAGAAGGUGGAAAAUAUAUAGUAAAUGGCAACUUUAAAGUGAUGACACAAAGGGUAAUCGUAGAUAUUGGUGUCACUAUAGAAUACAGUGGGCGUGAUUCGCGUGUAGAACGUUUAAACACUUCCAGACCGAUCGAAACCGACUUAAUCUUGGAAGUUUUAUCAGUAAGCGAAUUAAAUCCACCCCAAAUUAGUUACAAAUAUACAGUACCAAGAAAGAUUUUAGAAAGUUAUGAAUGGAAACUGAGCGGCUGGUCGGAUUGCACUCGCACGUGUCAAGGCAUAAAAUAUCGUAAAGCUGAGUGCACGAAUAUUGAAUACAAAGAAGUUGUCGCCGAUGAUUAUUGUCGCGAAUCGGAAAAGCCACGAGAAGAAAGUCAAAUGUGUAAUAAUCACUGUGUAUUAGAAUGGAAUAUCACAGUUUCCGAAUGUUCUAAUCAUUGUGGCUUAGGAACUCGUGUAGUCACUUCUAGAUGUAUACAAAAAUUAUUAAAUUCGAAUCAUCCACCCCGUGCAAUUCCACCGCAUUCGUGCGCUCAUCUUGAGCGGCCAAAUGAAACAGAAUCUUGCAUGGGACCCUGUGAAGAUGCUCAUUGGAGUUAUGGAAAAUGGAGUGUUUGCAAUGCUACAUGUGGAGGUGGAAUUCAAUAUAGGACAGCUACCUGCAUAGACUCCAAUCAAAGAACAGUUUCUGAAGAGAAUUGUAUGGGACAAAGGAAAGUUUUAGAAAAUGCAUGUGCAAAUGACCCAUGUCCCAAAUGGACCUUCAAAAAUUGGAGUAAUUGCUCAGUAACAUGUGGCAUAGGCAAGCAACACUCACGUUAUGCAUGUCACAUAGAGAACCGCGUCGUUCCAGAUAGUUAUUGUGGUAAACCCCUUCCAGAAAUUACUCAAGCUUGCAAUUCUGGACCUUGUGAACAAUGGCACAAGGGCGAUUGGAGCGCAUGUUCAGUUACUUGUGGUGAAGGGAUAAAACGAAGAAAAGUCAUUUGCAAGACUCUUGAUGGAAUUACAAGUAAUAAAUGUUCGGCUUCCAAUAAACCAGAAGAUAUUACAGCUUGUGUAUUAAAAUCUUGUCCAAUAGUGAAUGUAACACCAAUCAAAUAUUCUUCUGAUCCACCAUACGAAAUUCCUUCCCAACAAGACAAUGAAGUUCACGAUAUAAUUUUCCAUUAUGGAUAUAAAUGGCAUACUGAAACACAAAAGUGUUCUAGACCAUGCAUUAAAGGCUAUAUGAACACAACAGUAAAAUGUGUUUCCAUUGAAACAGGAAUUGUUGCACCUGAUAGAUAUUGCGAUAAUGAAAAGAAACCAUCUACUGAGAUUCUUUGCAAUCGUUAUCAUUGUCCAAUAUGGAUUACUAGUGAUUGGGGCCAGUGUAACGUAGAAUGUGGAUUAGGAACUCAAUAUCGACGAGUAUAUUGUCAAAAUCCACAAGGUGAAAAUAUACCAGACGAAAAUUGCCAUGAGAGCGAAAAACCAGAAGCAGAGAAAACCUGUCGAAAAAGACUUUGUAUAAAUAUUCUCCGCAAAUGGAGAACUUCUAAUUGGACUCCUUGUUCGAAAUCAUGCGGUACUGGACUUCAAAGACGAAGGGUAGAAUGCACAAUGAGGAGAGGAAACCACGGGCCGGAAGUAACCGUAAGGGACGAGCACUGCUCGAGGCUUGGUCUAAGAAAACCGAGAUCACAGAGGCCCUGUCGACGUAUUGCUUGCAACUAUAUUUGGCAGGAAGGACCUUGGUCUGAGUGUUCGAAAGAGUGUGGACAAGGAAUUCAAACAAGAACAGUAAGCUGUCAUCGUGUUAAUCGCUAUGGAUUGAUCGAUCCUACACCCACUGAUAAUUGUCCAAUUGAUCAAAAACCUGAGAAUCAACAAUUUUGCAAAUUACGAGAAUGCGAUGAUAAGUAUUAUUGGUAUGCUGGACCGUGGAAAAAGUGCAGUCAUGCAUGUGGACAAAAGGGUCGUGAAACACGAAGAAUAUUCUGCUUAGACAGAGAUGGUAGAAAAGUAGCUCGUUACAAAUGUCCUAAACGAUUCAAGCCGCAACGGAAGCAAAAAUGCAACCAAAGAAAAUGUUAUGCAAUGUCUUGUCUCGAGGUAAAGAAGUAUUUCAAAACUACCAAGGAUAGUGAGUACAAUUUGGUCUUAGGUGGAAGAAGCAUGUCAAUCUACUGUCAUGGAAUGUUAACUUCUGAACCAAAAGAAUAUUUGACAUUGCCGGCUGGUCCUCAAGAAAAUUAUGCGGAAGUAUAUGACAAGACAUUUAAUGAUCCUUAUGUCUGCCCAUAUAAUGGACCAAGGAACAACAAUUGCAGUUGCUCUACUUCUGGGAAGACAACAUUCAGAAGGGUGCGAAUCGAUCCUGUAGAACUGUAUAUUAUAGAAAAUGAUUACACAUUUUCGUGGAUGACGGGCUCAAAUCGUGUCGAAUAUGGCACAGCUGGUGACUGUAAUAGUAUUGCACAUUGUGCCCAAGGUCAUUUUAGUAUUAAUUUAAGUGGAACUCAAUUAAAAUUAUCAUCAAGUAUUGUUUGGACGGCAACACGCGGAACAUCAAUAAAAAUUAAUCAUAUUAACAGUCAGCAUGUCACCGGAAAAUGUGGAGGCUAUUGUGGCUCAUGUAAGCCGAAGAACGGAUUAAAACUAGACGUUUUACCACCGUAGUUCAUCUUAUAUAAAGUUUAAUAAUCUUUAAAUGCCUGUAAUAUAGUUUUCAGCAGAUAGAAAUUCCACUAAUGGAUUUUUGAACAUCUCAUAAAAGACUUCGACAAACACAAGAUGAAAUCGACAAAAUCCAUUGUCGAACCAAUAUUUUGACUUCGAGCUUAUCUCUAAAUCAUUCGCUUAAAUCAUUAUUAGUCAUUGUAAUUUUUAACAAAAUAAUCAUUGUAUAUCAAUGUCAAAACAAGACAAUAGACUCAUAUGCGUAAAAAAUCUUGAAAUCUACAAAAUACCAAAUACGGUAAAAAAUAAUUAAUAUAAUACUAGUUAAUUGCUCGAAUAUUUGCAUUUAAUUGUUCAUUUAAUAGUUUUAUUUAAUAAAAAAGAUAUUCGUAGGAAGUUUUAAGAAGCGAUUUUUCAAAAUAUUUUUAUAUUUAAAAUACUAAAUAAGAAAAAACUUAAAGCGAAAUACUAUUCAAAAUUAAUAAAUUUUAUAAAUAGGAUAUUAUAUAUAGUUUCACAAACUGAAUUUUUCAUCUUUCCGAAUUAUUCAUCGAAUUCUAAUAUUUUUGUGUUCAAUUAACAGAUUCAUUUAGUUAUAUAAGUAACUUAAUGUCCGGUAAGAAUUGCAGUAUUCGUUUUAUUUAUACUCAUUAAAACAUGACUGCCCGAAAAGCUAAUUGUUUAUCUAACAAGGAAAAAAAAAUGCGCAUACGAAAAAUGAAAAAUAACAUUGUAAAACGUAUGCAACUAAGUACAAAAACAAAAAAAACGGCGAACGAUAUAAAAUCCAUACAAAAUACGUUUGCUUUAAUCAAGUUGAAAAAUUUCAAUCAAGGAUUUAUGAUUGAUCAUAUUGAAAAAAAUUAGACUGCCUUUCCCAAAUCUUCUAAAACAAUGGUGCUAUUAUAGAUUUACUUAAAAAGAGUGAAAUUAAUUAAGCAUGAGUGAAGACAUAAUCUAGAGCCAAUUAAAAUUUUAUUCUUUCAAUUCACUUUUUAUUAUUAAAAUUUUAUUGUUAGAAAAAAUGUUUUCUACAAUAGAUAUAUAUAUAUAUAUAUAUAUAUAUAUAUAUAUAUAUAUAUAUAUAUAUUAAAUUUUUUUCUAAAUAAAAUUGUCAAUUCUAUUUUAAAUAGAUAUAUUAUAAAGUAUAACUAUAACUUAUUCAAAGAUAGCGACUUUAUCAAAGAAGAACUAUUUAAAAUAUAUUAUUUCAUUUAAUAUUUUAUUAUUUUAUUAAAUAUUAAAAUUUUUAUUAAAUAUGAUCUUUUUCAAGAGAAAUUUAUUAUCGAAUAUUUAUUAUAUAUCGAGAAAAGUAAUCAUAAUCAUCAAAUGCAAAUAAUUAAAUAUUCAGAUAAUAUAUUUUUACUUAUUAAUAUUUUUAUCAAAAGAAAAAUAUUCUCCUUAUAUAGUAGAAAUAUAGUAGAAAACAUUUUUCUAAUGAUACAAAUAGAAAUAAUGAAACGAAUAAAAUAAAUAAAAAGUAAUAAAGUUUAAUAGAAAUCCAAAUAUAAAAACAUUUAUUCUUAACAAUUAAAUUAUAUUAAUAAAAAAAAAACGCGAAACAAAUUCGUGAACGAGAUAUAUUUCCUUAUUGCAUGAAACAAUAUAUUUUGCCACUGCCAUGUAAAGUGUUCAUCGAAUUAGUAUAACGACAUUCAACAUCAAAAAAUUAAUUGUUAUUUGAUUUAACAACAACAAGAAUAAAAUUAAAAUAAAAUUAAAAUUUAUUAUAUUUUUAUUAAAAAUUUUAUUAAAAAUUAACAAUUUAAAUUUUUAUAUAUUUUUAAACAUUGAAUCAAAUUUUUAAAAAUUUAAAAAUCAUGACAAAAUUUUAUAAAUAUAGAUUUCAUUUAAUAUUUUAUUGGUGUAAUACUUUUGUUUUUGUAUUUGUUAUUCUUUUUUUUUCAUUUUUUCUUAUUUUUAUAACUACAUUACAAGUGAAAUAAAAUAUCAGUCAUAUUCAUUUUAAUUUAUUAUUAUUAAUUCUUUACAGAUGUACGAAUGUUACAUUAAUCCGAGAAACACUAUAUCUUUAUAUUUUCAUGUUUUCUAUAUAUAUUGAAUAUUGAAUAUAAUGAAUAAAUUUUUCUGCCAAUCUCAUAUUCAGAGAGAAUAAAAGCAGAAAAAAAAUGCAAAUAUAGAUAUUGUUUAGAUGUUAGAUAUAUAGAACAAUGCAUUACAGGAUCAUAAUUUGAUUUUAGUAUUUUGCAAUUUUAGUGACGCGUAUAAUAAUAAUGAAUAAUCAUAGACAAGCUAUAAUUUAGCAUGAUAGUAUAACGUAUUUUAGAAAUUAGCUGAUUCAGCUAAUCGAAACUUUAAACAAAUUAACUUAUUAACUCGAGACUAUAUAUAUAUAAUGAACAUCGGUAAUGAUUGGAUAGUAAUUCAUACAGUACAUUGAUUAUUUUAUAAAAAUACAUAUAUUAAAAUAAAAAUUUAGUAAAUGUAUACAUUUAUUAAUCAAUAUAUAUAUAUAUAUAUAUGUAUUUAUAUAAAAUUUAAGCGAUUAAUUAAAUAAUAAAAAUGUUAAAAAAUUUAUACAUAUUUUCAUUAAAUCAGAAAGAAUAGAAUAAUUUUAGAAUAAAUCUAAAAUAUAGUUCUAUUAGUAAAAUUUGAAAUUUAGUUACUUGUGAAUAUAUUUAUUGAAUAAAUAUAACAUAUAUAUAUAUAUAUAUUGAUUAAUAAACGAUUAAUUUAUAAAUACAUUUACUGAAUUAAUAUAUUAAGUGUAACAUAUUUAUAAUAUGCACAUAUAUGUCUUUUUUUAAUGAAGAUUUAGGAGAGCAUUAAGCAUAUAUUGGAUGACUUCAGCAACUAGGUCAAGUUAUAUCUCUGUUCUAAAUAGAAAGGACUAAUUGUAAUUCUAAUUUCACUUAGAAUAGAGAUACAGAAAUGUAUAACUUGUUGUUAGAAUUAUUUUGUAUAUUUUCAAACUUUUUAAUUAUUUUAAACUUUUAAAUUAUUAAGUAGAUAUAUCGUUCAUAUCCUUUGUUGACAUUAUCUUUUUGAUCAAAUAUUCAUAUGAUUCCACAUAUCCAUCAAUGAAAAUCAAUUAAAAUAAGUAAUGAGAAAGGACAUGUUUAAAAAUAGAUAUCAUACCUAGACCAAAAUAUCAAAACAAUUUUUUUUUAAGUACAAAUCCGUUUUGGCUGAGGUAUGACUAACUUUUUCCUGUUCUCAUUAGAUUUUAAUGAAAAAAUUAAAGGAAAUUUAGAACUAGAAGUAAUACAUAUAUAUAUAUAUAUAUAUAUAAAAAUUUAGAACUAGAAGUAAUACAUAUAUAUAUAUAUAUAUAUAUAUAUAUAUAUAUGUAAUAUUUCAAUAGACUGCCAUAAUUUAUGUUAUUAUAUCAAUGUAAUGAUUAUAUUAAGAAGUAUUUUUUAAAAAGCGAAUAUAAUGAAUUUGAAUAAUAUACAGGUGUGAUUUUAUAAAUUGAAAUUAUAUAUUCUUUUUAUUAUUAUUUUAAUUAUUUUUUAAAACAAAAUAAAAACAAAGAAAAUCUUUUUUUAUAUUGAACCACAAAAUACUUUUACUAUAUUUUAUGAGUAAAAGUAUUUAAAAAUAAAUUAUAAAAUUCAUAAAUAUAAAAUCAUAUUUUCAUUAUUGAAAUAUCUAAUGUAUUUCUUUUAUAUAAAAUAUGAUACGAGAUAUUAUUUCUAUCAAUAAUUCUAUUUUAUCAAUAUUCAAAAAGAAAAAAUCAGUGUUCCAAGAAUCACUCUAUAUAAUAAAACAACAAUUGAAUAGUAAAUCGAUUUACUGCCUUCCUCAAUAUUUGUAAAUUUUAAAUAACCAAUAUAGAUUGAAAAAGAGAAUAUAAAUUUUGUAUAGCCGUAUGAUCAAAAUUUUCAUUACAAUAAUACAAAUCGUAAUAAAUAAAAAAAAAGCAAAUAGAUCAUUCUAAUUUAUAUAUGAUUACAAUUACGAUAAUAAAUAAAUAAUAUUUGUAACGAAAAAAUAAUGUAAAGCAAAAAAAGAAAAUGAAUUCUAUAACUUGAUUAUAUAUUGACGAAUAUUUUUUAAUGUUUAAAAUUUAUUUAUUUUUUACAAUUAUUUUUUUUCAUUAAAUAUAUUCGUCAAUAGAUAAAAUGUGCAAUUUGAAGACUCAUUAAGAAAUGUAUUGCACAAUCAAUAUACAUAUAUGAUUUCUUGUACACAUAUAUUGAGCAUAAAACGAUAAUUUAUCAACUAACACAUGACAAUUUUUUUUCACUAUUUUGUUUUUUACACUCGACAUACUCUAUAUAUAUAAAUAUAAAUAAAUAAAUAUAUAUAUAUUACAUUUAAAAUGCUAAUUUUUAUUUGAACUUCUUUAAAAAGUAAUAAAUUGUCUUCAUCUUGCUAACAUAUCAAGUAUAUUUUGCAAAUAUUUUGAAAUAUGUUAUCUUGUUGCAAAUGCAUACAAAUUUACAAUCUGCGAUCUCGAAAUCCGUAGUUGAUAUAACAUUUCCUUUUUUUGCCUGUCCAUAAGACAAGAAUAAGCAAAUAACUGUUCUAAGCGCUAGUAUAGCGAAACAGCAUUGUACAGUUUCGUUUAAUAAUAAUUUAUUAGUAUGUAUUUUGUUUUAAUAUCAUUCAUGUGUAAUUUAAUGUAGAAAUGAUAAUUAGUACCAGUGUACUGCAAUUAUUUAAAUAUAUUAAAUUCACAAACAAAAA